UGUUACACGUGUUGCUACUUGUACUGCGUCUCCUGAAGCUGUUACUGUAAGUAUGCUGUGAUUCUUUGUAGAAUAUCACAGUACAUGUACUUGUAUCACAGUAUGCUGCUAAGAAACUCUCCUAUUUGAUGUACUACAGUUACUUGUACUACUUUGCUGUCACUGCGUGUCCUGGACUGUUACUACCUGUACAGCUGGAACUACUGUACUUCUGGUAUUAGUAUAGUAUUAAGUUUGGUACUACAACAAAUAUCACAACUUGCUGCCACUAUCAGGCUCCCAUUCCCAGAACUACAACUCAAAUUUUACUACUGCAAGUACUCCAGCUGUUUUCACUACUACUUUUACUUUGCAGUUACUACUGCAGUUGUUCCUCAGUGGUAUUUGUUAAUGGCACCAGUACUCCUGUUACUGCUACUACUAAAACCACUGUGAGUACUCCUUCUUAAAAACACCAUCUGUGAGCCUGAUUUCUGCCUCUGGCAUGAAUAUUUAUGAAGUACUCCUACUGGUGCUGCUGUCAGAGGGUGAGGCACCACGGUGGGUGUGAUGUCGUCCGAAAAGUCGUUUGAUUAAGCCAAACUUUGGCACGGCUUCCUGACAUCGAGGGCAUACAGCUGGAGAUCAGGUUUCACUGCUGCUGAGCUGCUGAUGUGAGGCGGCAGUUGGUCAUCAGAUCUCACAAACACUCUGUCACCUUGUGAAACAGGAAGUGAAGUGCAUUUCGCUCAGCGUGUGGGAAGACGGAGGGAGCGAUCAGAGGGUUUCAGACGGUUUCUCUUGCUGCUGAUGGUCUACCUGAUCAUGGAUCUGCUCUGGAUGGUCCUCCCGGUGUUUGUGGUUUGUGCCGAGGCCAAGAACCUGACUGAGGUUAAGGUGGAACUGGGUCAAAACGCCACCUUAAACUGCUCUGUGGACAAGCCAAUGAUCUACUGGUACAUGGAGGUCCACAGCCAUUUCAUAGUGCGCAUCGCCGACUCUUUCAGCAGUGGUACUCGUCAUCAAAACUGGAUUGAUAACAUCACAGACAAACUCGUAGUCGUCCCCAGAAACUCUCUCGUGAUCAUGAACAUCACAGCAGACGACUGCAGGCUUUAUUACUGUGCUGUAAGGGAAGGAGACCAGAUCAAGUUUGAAGAGGUCUUCCGUGUUGUCUCAUGUGUUCCUAUGACUCCGCCCACCGACGACUCCAAAGACAAACACCAACAGCAGCAGCACAGCUUGAGUCUGUGGCAAAGUGCGCCCGUCGUGUACAGCUCACUCAGCCUCAACGCACUCCUCUUAGUGCUUAUAGGCUCAGUUUCUACAUUCUUGUGUCUGAAGAGGAAGAACCAUCAGCUGAACGACACGUCACAUUUCACUGAUGAGAACCUCGAGAUGCUGGAAAGACCACAGUACGAGGAGAUCCAUCUCCCACCCUGCAGACCCUCCCCUCCUGCAGAGUGUAUUUACUACAAAGCUCAGCUCCCUCUGUCCACACCGCUGCCACACUGACAUCCGGGACACCUGGACGAAUGCAGGACACCUGUCCACGUCCCUGCAGUCUGUUGGACAGCAGACAGUUGGAGAGAAGAGAUGCUGCUUCAGUACCUCAGAGCUCCAAAGCUUUUGGACAAAGCGUUCAGAGGACUCGUCCAGGCUGACGGUGCGGGUUGAGACACUUCCUGACUGGAGGAAGAACUGCUGAUGUUAGCUGCUGCAAACACAUUGUGCUGCAAUCCCGUCUGUCUCAUGAGACGAGUUCAGAGGAAUUUCUGAAUAAUCCGAUUGUGCUAUUUUUAACUUAUGUGUGCAUGAGUGAGACUUUGAUCAGCUGACUGGCUGUUUGCCGUUCAUGACUUCACAAACAUAAGGACAAAUCUGACAAUCAUGGAGCAACAGCAGCCAUCUAAUUAUAUGAAAUUAAAAGUUUAUUAAUAAUGAGGACAAUUUAAAAUCUGUUCAGUCCAUUAUGACUGAAUGUUUGAACCACUGACGGAUUACUGUUAGCUUUUUGUCAGCUUUUGUCUCACUAGAUUGCAGUUGGUUUUAAAACGUGUGGCUUCUUGUGAUAUUAAAUACACAACAAAUCAA